AUGAGCGCCAAGUCGGAUAGCGCGCGGUCCGUGACGCUCGCGGAGCCGCUCCUCGACCCCAGCCGCAAGCAUAGCUACGGCGCCGAGGGCGAGACGCUCGUGACGCCCCUCGGCCGGCGGAGCUUCCACCGGGGCGCGUCGUUCUCGAAGCACGACAGCGACGACGAGGAGGCCAACCGCGCGCUCCUCGAGUGGUCCGAGCUGUCGAUCCGCUUCGGCGACAAGGUGGCCGUCGACCGCGCGUCCGGCGCCGUGGGCAAGGGCGAGUUCCUCGCGCUCAUGGGGCCGUCCGGCGCGGGCAAGACGACGCUGCUGGACCUUCUCACGGGGCGCCUCGGCGCCGGCACGCGCGAGGGCGACGUGCUCGUCGAGGGCCACGCGUUCAGCGAGGAGAUCGUGUGGGCCAUGUCGAGCUACGUGCCGCAGGAGGACGUCUUCAUGCCCCACAUGACGGCUUUGGAGAGCCUGACGUUCGUCGCGCGGCUGCGCCUGCCGCGGCGCGAGAGCGACGCCGACGUCGCCGAGCGCUGCCGGACGCUGCUGGGCGAGGUCGGCAUGGGCCACGUCGAGCACGUCUACCGGCGGCGCCUGUCCCUCGCCGCGGGCUUGGUGUCGCGGCCGCGGCUCUUGUUCGCCGACGAGCCGACGUCGGGCCUCGACGCGGCGUCGACGCUCCACGUCAUGGAGCUCCUCGCGAGCCUCGCGACGGUGACGAAGCUCGGCGUCUGCUGCACGAUCCACCAGCCGCGCGCGGCGAUCUGGGCCAUGUUCGACCAGGUCUACUUCCUGAGCGCGGGCAAGGUGCUCUACAGCGGCAAGACG